GACUCUGUUUUGUGUUUACAUCGAAGAUCGAAAUUGAAAAACUUCUCAGACUUGUUUAAAAAAUAAGAAAUUUAGAGGAAUAGAAGAAAUUUAAGAUAAUUUUCAGAUUUAGUCAAAAGUCUUUCUGGUUGUUUUCGAUUUAAUACAUUUGAAGAGUUCAUAAUUACAAAAAAAAAUCACGAAACUUUCUUUUUCUCGUCAACUUAUUCCAUUUAUUAAGAUUCAAAACUAAAAAAGAUGUCUGAAGACAAUGAUAAAACUUCAUACGAUUCCGAUUCAUCAAAACCAGAUAAAAUGUUCACUUUAAAGAAAUGGAAUAGCGUUGCGAUGUGGAGUUGGGAUGUUGAAUGCGAAAUUUGUGCAAUUUGUCGUGUUCAAGUAAUGGAUGCCUGUCUGAGAUGUCAAGCGGAAUCUAAGAAAGACAUUCAAAGUAAAGACGGUGCUUGUGUUGUCGUUUGGGGUGAAUGCAAUCAUAGCUUCCAUCAUUGCUGUAUGAGUUUAUGGGUGAAACAGAACAAUCGUUGUCCUUUAUGUCAACAAGAAUGGUCCAUUCAACGACUCUCAAGUUAAUUCUGACAUCUCAUCAGAUUGUAUUAUGAAAAUUAUAUUUUAGGCUCAUAGUGUAAAAUUUAAAUCAUUGAUAUUAAAUUACAUCUAUUCAAAAAAUGUUCAAUAAAAUAAUUUCAUAAGCUAUAAUCAAUUUCUUUUCGGCUUAUUUGUACUGAAUACAAAUUUGGUGACUGUGAAAUAUUUUGUCAAAUAAAAUAAAAUUGAUUUUAACUUCAUAAGAUGAUCAAGAAAAUGAAGAAGGAAAAUUU